AAUCAUUCACAAAAGCCACUUUCUUCUCUUUAGCUCACCCACAACUGAGUAGCCAAAACACUAACAAAACCAAAAACAUCUGCUUCCAAUUAUCUCAAAUCAUCUUCCAUGGCUUUCACUAGCUCUAUUCUCUCUUCUUCAACCCUUCCUCGAUCUCGACUUGCCGAUUUCGAUUGCUUCCCUCUAAUUACUCAGGAUUCGUCUCAUCUCUAUAUCUGUGCCAAUUUCCUUGCCAUUUCUAACAAUUUCUCUCAACAACGACUUCUCCACGCCAGAAAACUGAACAUUCUGUAUGCUACCAGUGAUGGUAAUAAUGCCAUCAGUUCAGCCCCAUUGAAGUCUGAGCUAGAUGCUGAUUAUGUGCCAAUGCCAAUAGUUCUUAUCGACCAGGAUUCAGAUUUGGAUGCUACAGUUGUAGAACUCAGUUUUGGGGACCGUCUUGGAGCUCUUAUUGACACGAUGAAUGCACUGAAAGAAUUGGGAUUGGCUGUGGUUAAGGGAACUGUUCUUACAGAAGGAUCGAUCAAACAAACAAAAUUUUUCAUUACACGAUCAGACACUGGGCGCAAAGUUGAAGAUCCUGAUAUGUUGGAGAGAAUUCGACUUACUGUCAUUAACAAUCUCUUGAAGUAUCAUCCUGAAUCUAGUGUGCAACUUGCCAUGGGUGAGGCUUUUGGAGUAAAAGCUCCAGAGAAGAAGCUUGAUGUUGAUAUCGCUACACAUGUACAUGUCAAGGAGGAUGGACCUAAGAGGAGCCUGCUCUAUAUAGAAACAGCAGAUCGACCUGGAUUGCUGGUAGAAAUCAUAAAAAUCAUUGCAGAUGUCAAUAUUGAUGUGGAAUCAGCAGUGAUUGACACAGAAGGUUUGGUGGCCAAAGACCAGUUUCAUGUCAGCUACAAAGGGCAAGCAUUAAACAGUUCCUUAUCUCAGGUGCUGGUAAACUGCCUUCGUUACUACCUUAGAAGGCCGGAAACAGAUAUUGACAGUUACUAAUAAUCAGAAGAAUAACCUGUUUUUAUGCUGUAACAAUGCCUGUACCAAAUCCAUGCCUGGCUGAAGUCAAGUAUUGAAAUUGUAUGUUGCAUAUUCUGUUAUUCAUAUUUGCAUUCUGGGAUAUUCCUUAAAACAAUUCUAGUGACUCAUUAUCUAUUCCGAGAACAUAUGAACCACAAGUAAUUAAAUAAAGAGAGAAAAAUGUUGAAACUUUCUUUGCA